GAACCGUCGUUACCGUCGCCGUUCGAAUACGCUCGGAACCGUCGGACCGAUCGUUUGGCAGAGCGCGAUUGCUUCCUCGACGACACGCUCAGUUUCUUCUAGCCCUCUCGUAGUCCUUCCCGGGAACGGAUUUCGUGGUUGGCAUUCGUUUUCUCUUUUUAAACCCCGUCCGAAAAAAUCGUCAAGACGGCGUCCAUAUUCUCAGUGGUGUUCGACUCGGAAGACUCGUUGACCGGACCCAUCAUACUCGGGUUCGCCGUCAUCGGGUUCUUCGCGGUGUUCGUGCUGAUAUGCGACGUACUACUCGAAAUUGCGAAGGGAUUCGCAGCGCAUCUGUUGCCGCUGUUGAUGCCCGACCGGACUCCGCUGAGUGUCAAGUACGGCAAAUGGGCAGUGGUCACUGGAUCUACAGACGGUAUUGGAAAAGAAUACGCCAAGGAAUUAGCCAAGCGAGGUCUCAACAUUGUAUUGAUAAGCAAGUCAAUUGAUAAAUUGAAUAAGAUUGCUUCAGAAAUAGAACAAGAAUCUAAUGUCGAAGUGAAAGUUAUACAAGCUGAUUUUAGCAAAGGGCAGAUGAUAUUCGACCACAUCGCCAAAGAAUUAGACGACAUGGAAAUCGGAAUACUGAUAAACAACGUUGGCAAGCAAUACUUAUAUCCAAUGUACAUAAACGAAGUACCGGAAUCAACCGUAUGGGACAUGGUGAAUAUUAACGUUGGUACUGUCACGCAUAUGACAAAACUUGUGUUGCCAGGCAUGCAAAAACGAAAACGCGGAGCCAUCGUAAAUGUGUCGUCCAGUGCAGAAUUGCAGCCCAUGCCACUGAUGGCCAUAUACGCAGCAACCAAGUCAUACAUAAAAAGCUUUACGGAAGCACUUCGCAUCGAGUACGAAGAGGACAAUAUAACAGUCCAACAUCUUUUCCCGUUAUUUGUUUGCACAAAAAUGAACGCUUUCAGCUAUAAACUACAAGAGACGACUCUAUUCGUACCCGACGCAAAGACGUACGCCACGAAUGCCGUUAACACACUGGGUAUGGUGGACCAUUCGACCGGUUACUGGGCCCACGGUAUUCAGCAUUUCUUUAUGAGACUGCCACCAGUAUGGAUUAGAACAUUAAUUGGAGAAUUUAUGACUCAUUCCUUUAGAAGUGACUAUUUUUCUAAAAAAGGUAUAAAAAUAGAGUAAUUUCUCAAGAAUUUAUAUGUUACAAAAGUUUUUUUAUAAAAAAAGUAUAUAUUAUUAGAUUAAUAAAUUACAAUACAGGUGUAUGAAAUAUGAA